GUACCUAGUGACCUCCAAGGUGAUGGAAAAGCACUCGACUAGGAUAAGGGGCUGUCCAGCCAGUAAACCUGGCGCCCACCCUGGCUGUGAGGUUUUGCUUUUUAACUCCCCGGUGACACUAGAAUUAGAGGGCUUCCUGCCGGAGGCCAUUAGCUAGGACACCCGGAAGGCGGAAGUCCAAGGGCGGAAGUGGCCAAGAGAAGGGGAGAAUGGCGGCGGAGGGCUGGUUUUGGCGUUGGGGCUGGGGCCAGCGGUGCCCAGGGAGGCCUGGGCUUCCUGGCCCCGGCCCUGGCCCCGCUACACUUCUCCAUCUAAUUCUGUUGCUGGGGCUGGUGGCUGCGGAUAUAACUGACGGCAACAGUGAACACCUGAAACGAGAGCAUUCGCUCAUCAAACCCUACCAAGGAGUCGGUUCCAGCUCCAUGCCUCUCUGGGACUUCCAGGGCAGCACCAUGCUCACCAGCCAGUAUGUGCGUCUGACCCCUGACGAGCGCAGCAAAGAAGGCUCUAUUUGGAACCACCAGCCUUGCUUUCUCAAGGACUGGGAGAUGCACGUCCACUUCAAAGUCCACGGCACAGGGAAGAAGAAUCUCCAUGGAGAUGGCAUCGCCUUGUGGUACACCCGGGACCGCCUUAUGCCAGGGCCUGUGUUUGGAAGCAAAGACAAUUUCCAUGGCUUAGCCAUCUUCCUGGACACGUACCCCAACGAUGAGACUACUGAGCGCGUGUUCCCGUACAUCUCCGUGAUGGUGAACAAUGGCUCCCUGUCCUACGACCAUAGCAAGGAUGGGCGCUGGACGGAGCUGGCAGGCUGCACGGCUGACUUCCGCAACCGGGACCACGACACCUUCCUGGCUGUGCGAUACUCACGGGGCCGCCUGACGGUGAUGACUGACUUGGAGGACAAGAAUGAGUGGAAGAAUUGCAUUGACAUCACAGGAGUGCGCCUCCCCACUGGCUACUACUUUGGAGCCUCUGCGGGCACUGGUGACCUGUCUGACAAUCACGACAUCAUCUCCAUUAAGCUGUUCCAGCUCAUGGUAGAGCAUACUCCUGACGAGGAAAACAUCGAUUGGACCAAGAUCGAACCUGGUGUCAAUUUCCUCAAGUCACCCAAAGACAACGUGGAUGACCCCACAGGGAACUUCCGCAGCGGGCCCCUGACGGGGUGGAGGGUGUUCCUGCUCCUGCUGUGUGCUCUUCUGGGCAUCAUCGUCUGUGCGGUGGUGGGUGCUGUGGUGUUUCAGAAGCGCCAGGAGCGGAACAAGCGUUUCUACUGAGUGGCUGCCUUGGCUGGGCCCAGAUGCUAAUGUGAACUUUUUUUUUUUUUUUUUAACCAGGAUUGUAAAAAACACAAGGCAACCUUAUUUCUUAACCGUUUCAAAGAAAUGAUUAAAGUAUUUUCAUACAUUU